GUGAGUUUGGAGACCCCUGCUUUAGAAGCUCUUUGCUUCAAUUUCCAUGGUUACUUGCCUUGAAAAGAAAACUAUCGACUGGUAAUUGCACAACUUACAUGUAUGACUUUGUCAUUUAAUGUACAAGGACAGAAGCAAUCUGUGAAAUCUGCCGUCUAUAAGGAAGCCUUCCGAACUGUCAACCUUCCAGAUUUUGUACAAAAACUGCGAAAAUCCUUAGGCUUUCUAUAGACCCUCAUUUCUGAUGUGAUGGUUCCCCCUGUGCAAGACUGCGCUUUCAUUGUCUUUCCCUGGGUGCAUUUCGCACAUAAAAAUUCCAUCAUGUUCAACUACACCCUUGAGCAAUGCUAGUCCUGUUUCUGAGGCAUACUUGAAUGUUCACUUGGGGACCAAGGGGGAAACACAAAACUACCUUUUAUAGGCAAGGUGUAUCUGCCGGAAAGACAAAUGCAUGAAUAGGCCACCGAGGGAAAAAAAAGUGAUGAUUGUAGAACUUGGCUUUGAUGUCUGAGAUGAUGAAAGCUCUGGGGAAUGCAAGGGAAAGAAAAGGCCUUUGACAUAACGCCCCCACAGUGGGAAUAAAAGCAGGGUGGAAUGAGAGAGAACUCUUAGCUUUUCAGUCCUUUCAGAAUUGAACAGAGCAGUGUUUUAGGUGGCUCCAUUCCCUGGCAAGAUGUCCACCAUCAUCAGGCACUACACUAGCACUUCCUCUUCCUCUAUGAAAGGUUUUAGCGGGGAAAACCUGGUCCAUUUUGGUAGAGGUUGCCAUGCCCCUAGCAGUCAUGGUGGAGCUGGUGGUAUUUCAGUUUCUACUGCUCGCUGCCUCUCUGGGAUUGGAAACACCCCAGGUGGUACUUAUGGGGGCAGCAGUUACUGCAGCACCUUUGCUGGGGGCCUUGGUGGGGGCCUUAGUGGUAGUCUUGGAGGAGGAUUAACUGGUGGUUUUGUGGGUGGAACUGGAAGUGAUAUCCUUCUGGCUGGGAAAGAGAAGGAAACCAUGCAGAAUCUCAAUGAUCGUCUGGCUGCUUAUCUGGAAAAAGUGCGGGCAUUGGAGGAAGCCAAUUCCAGCCUGGAGGUCAAGAUUAAGGAGUGGUACCAGAAGCAGGCACCUGGUCCAGACCGUGACUACAACCAAUAUUUCAGGAUUAUUGAGGACCUGAGGAGCAAGAUUCUUUCUGCCACAAUUGAGAAUGCUGAUGUCCUCUUGCAGAUUGAUAAUGCAAAACUGACUGCUGAUGAUUUCAAAAACAAGCUUGAGGCAGAACAGGCAUUGCGCAUGAGUGUUGAAUCUGACAUCAAUGGUUUGCGCAAUGUUCUAGAUGAUCUAACCUCAACCAGGAUUCACCUAGAAAAGGAUAUUGAACUUCUCACUGAGGAGUUGCUUCACUUGAAGAAGAAUCACGAAGAGGAAAUGAGACUUCUUCAAAGCCAAAUGGGUGGAGAAAUCACUGUGGAAAUGGAUGCUGCUCCUGGUGUGGAUCUGACGAAGGUCCUGGCAGAGAUGCGAGAACAGUAUGAGAGCUUGGCAGAGAACAACCGUAGAGAUGCUGAGCAGUGGUUCUUCAGCAAGACUGAAGAGCUGAAUCGAGAAGUUGCCAUCAAUACAGAACAACUGCAGAGUGGCCAAUCAGAAGUCAUAGAACUGCGACGCAGCCUUCAAGGACUAGAGAUAGACUUGCAGGCCCAGUUUAGCACGAAAGCAGCAUUGGAAGGGACUUUGGCAGAUAUAGAAUCUCGUUAUAGUGUUCAGCUCGCACAGAUCCAGGGUCUGGUCAUCAAUAUGGAAGAGGAACUGGCUACCUUGAGAUGUGAUAUGGAGCGCCAGAACCAUGAAUAUAGGAUUCUCCUUGAUGUCAAGACACGCCUGGAAAAGGAAAUUGCCACCUACCGUCGUCUGCUGGAGGGAGAGGAAGAUUAUACUCCCCAGUAUUCAUCAGCCAUAGAGGGAUCCAAAACUACCCGUCAGAUUCGCACAAUUAUUGAGGAGAUAAAAGAUGGAAAAGUGAUCUCGUCCCAUGAACAAGUUCAUGUCUCUGGGAAUUAAACCCACACAGUGAACUUAUCAGCUUUUCCUUCUUUGUGAAGCUCCUCUUACUGCUAGAUUCUUGCUCGGUUCUUUUUCUCCUACAAUUUGAACUUCCUUUGGUUUAUUGCACAAACUCUAAUAAAGUCUUUUCCCUUCCACUUCA